AACUGCCCGAAUAUUAUCUGGUUUAGGCUAUGUAUCCUCAAUGCAACAAAACUUGAACCUAUUACAAUGCAGCCACAGGUUUCGGAGCAAUCGUGCAGUCAUGUAAACGACUGAGACGGCUAUCACUCUUAGGUCAAUUGACCGACCAGGUCUUCCUUUACAUUAGAAUGUAUGCAGAUCAUCUUGAAAUGUUGUCUAUUGCAUUUGCUGGUGAGAGUGACAAGGGAAUGCUCAAUGUAUUGGACGGAUGCAAAGAGCUUCGCACGCUCAAGAUAAGAAACUGUCCUUUCAGGAACACGACACUUCUGACAGACAUACGGAAGUAUGAAACAAUGCAAUCUCUUUGGAUGUUGUAAUGGAAGGUGACCGUGGGAGCAUGCAAGACAUUGGCUUGGAAGAUGCCGAGGUUGAAUGUGGAGAUCUUCAAUGAAAGUGAACAAGCAGAUUGUUAUAUGGAAGGUGGGCAGAGAGUGGAGAAGAUAUAUUUGUAUCGUACAGUGGCCGGGAAAAGGGAGGAUGCACCAGAAUAUCUAAGUACUCUCUCUGUCUUAUUGCAAUUCAAGAAUUCACUUGCUCUUGAAACUUCAGCAGAAUCCACUAGAUGGCCUCGCUGUUCUUCUUUCGCUUCUAAGACAGAAUCAUGGAAAAAUGGUACUGAUGAUUGUUGUCAGUGGGAUGGUGUCACGUGCAACAUCGUGUCUGGUCGCGUGAUAGGUCUAGACCUUAGUUGCAGUCAUCUCAAAGGUAAAUUGUCUCCAAAUAGUACUAUUUUUAAGCUCAAGCAACUUCAACAACUCAACUUGGCUUUUAAUGAUUUUUCCGGUUCUUCAGUGCCUGUUGGUAUUGGUGAUCUUGUGAAUCUCAUGUAUCUAAAUUUAUCAAACUGUGAAAUCAAUGGUGAUAUUCCCUCUGCAAUCUCUCAGUUGUCGAAAUUGGUAUCACUUAGUUUUAGCAAUGAUUGGUUAGAUGAUCCUAGUUAUUGGAGAAUGAGAUUUGAUCCAAUCACAUGGAAGAAACUCAUUCUUAAUGCAACAAAUUUAAGGGAGCUUCGUUUGGAUAGUGUGGACAUGUCUUCAAUCGGAGAGAGAUCUUUCACAUGGCUAAUGAAUUUGUCAUCUUCUUUGGUAUCCUUAAGUCUAACAAACACUGGAUUGCAAGGAAAUUUCCCUAGCUACGUCCUCUCUUUACCGAAUCUUCAAGAACUUGAUUUGUCAUUUAAUCCAGACCUUAGCGGUCAACUUCCAAACUCCAACUGGAGUACUCCUCUAAGGUAUUUGGAUCUAUCUUUAACUUCUUUCUCAGGUGAAAUUCCUUAUUCUAUAGGUGAUUUGAAGUAUCUCAACCAGUUAUCGCUUCAAGCAUGCAGAUUUCAUGGGUUGGUUCCUCAGUCUUUUUGGAACCUCACUCAGCUGACAAAUUUGACCCUCGCAAACAACAAAUUUAGCGGUGAGAUCCCAUCGUUAAUUUCUAACCUCAGGCAUCUUGCUUCCUGUGAUCUUCAAUAUAAUAACUUUACUGGUCACUUGCCAGAUGUGUUUGACAAGUUAACUGAUUUAAAUUUUUUAUCACUUUCCAAUAACAAUCUAGGAGGCCAAGUUCCAUCAUCAUUGUUUCAUUUAACUGAACUCUCUUUUUUAGACUUAUCAUAUAAUAAAUUAGUAGGCAUUAUUCCCACUAACAUCUCUCAACAUUCAAAAUUGAAUACUCUAUCUUUGGAUGAUAACAUGUUAAGCGGAACAAUUCCGCAUUGGUGUUUUACUUUGCCUUCAUUGAAAGAAUUGUAUCUCAAUGCAAAUCAACUCACAGGAACAUUGAGUGAGUUCUCAAAUUCUAUGAAAUCUUUGUGUCUCUCUAACAACAAGCUUCAAGGAAAUUUUCCAAAUUCAAUAUUUGAAUUUGAAAAUCUUAUCACCUUAAGUUUGUCAUCAACAAACUUGAGCGGUAUUGUAGAGUUUCACCGAUUUUCGAAGUUUCCAAAUAUGUAUUUCCUUGAUCUUUCACACAACAGUUUUCUUUCUAUCAACAUCAAUAGCAGUGCCGACAACAUCUUACCCAGCCUUGAAACAUUAUUUUUAUCUUCUAGUAAUUUUCGCAGUUUUCCUAAAUUCUUGGCUCAACUUCAAAGUCUGAAGAUACUAGAUCUUUCCAACAACAACAUUCAUGGGAAAAUUCCCAAUUGGUUUCAUGAGAAGCUCUUACACUCAUGGAAGGACAUUCAACAUAUUGAUCUCAGUUCCAAUAAGUUGCAAGGAGAGCUUCCAAUUCCGCCCUACGGAAUUCAAUAUCUUUUACUAUCAAAUAACAACUUCACAGGAGACAUUUCUUCGACAUUCUGCAAUGCAAGUUCCCUCACGAUACUCAACUUGGCUAACAACAACUUAACAGGCAUGAUUCCACAAUGCCUAGGCACAUUUUCUUCUCUUUCUGUAUUGGAUUUGCAAAUGAAUCACCUUUAUGGAAGCAUUCCUAUGUUCUUUUCUGAGGUAAAUGCAUUUGCGACUAUAAAGUUAAAUGGAAACCAAUUGGAAGGACCAUUACCACGGUCUUUGGCCAACUGCACAAAACUCGAAGUUUUUGAUCUUGGAGGCAAUAACAUAGAGGAUACAUUUCCUAGUUGGCUAGAAACUCUACAAGAGUUGCAGGUACUCAGUUUAAGAUCAAAUAAACUUCAUGGAGAGAUCAUAUGUUUCAAUAGUAAGAAUCCAUUUCCCAAGUUGAGAAUUUUCGAUGUCUCCAAUAACAAUUUUAGCGGAUCUUUGCCAACAUCAUGUAUUAAGGACUUUCAAGGAAUGAAGAAUGCAAGUGAUAGCCAAAAUGGUUUGCAAUACAUGGGUAACGACAAAUACUACAAUGAUUCUGUGGUUGUUGUAAUGAAAGGGCAAUAUAUGGAGCUAACAAGGAUAUUGACAACUUUCACUACUAUUGAUUUGUCGAAAAAUAUGUUGGAAGGAGAAAUUCCAAAUGUCAUUGGAGAAUUAAAUUCUCUGAAAGGCCUUAACCUUUCGCAUAACGGAAUCACAGGUACCAUACCACAGUCUUUGAGUGAUUUGAGAAAUUUGGAAUGGUUAGACCUCUCAACGAACCAGUUGACAGGUGAGAUUCCCGUCGCUUUGACAAACUUGAAUUUCUUAUCUUUCUUAAACAUUUCACAAAACAUGUUUGAAGGAAUGAUACCUACAAGUAAACAGUUUGGUACAUUUGGAAGUGAUUCUUAUGAAGGAAAUGCUAACUUAUGUGGAUUCCCUUUGUCGAAAUCAUGCGAUAACGAUGAAGGACAACCGCUACCUUCAGCAUCUGACGAUGAAGAUGAAUCAAUAGUACUUAAUUGGAAAGCUGUUGCAACAGGAUAUGCAUGUGGGGCAGUAUUUGGGAUGCUUUUGGGAUAUUAUGUAUUGUUUACUGGGAAACCACAAUGGCUUGUAAGACUUGUUGAAAGUAUGUUUGACAUAAAAGUGAAAAACAAUAGAGCCAAUGCAAAUAGAAGAUGAAUGAAUUAGUUUAAUAUUUAUUUUUUUUUUGUAAAUAUAUACAUAUAGAGUUGUAAAUAUAUUGUUUUUAUAAUCCUUAUCCUGUCAGAUUGCAGAGUA